UUAGAUUUUUCGCAGAAAAACAUAUGAAAAAUAGAACAUUUAUUCCGGUGACUGGAACGGAACUCGAAAUAUCUUUUUAUUUCAUUCGAACCCGACUCGAACUUUGACCCGACCCGUUUCGAUCUCAGUUAGAUAUCAAUAAAUCUUUUUCUAAGAUAUCCUAUUUGUAUGUAUAAUUAGCAAACGAUAGGACAAGUUUUAUGGGAAGUAUUUGUCCGAUAAGAGAUUCUGUAAUAUUCAUAAAAUAUCUUACUGUAUGAGCUAAACAUUACGGGUCGCUGGUAAUAGUGAGGAGACGGAGGCAGUGCGAGAAAUACAACAAUGUCCGAAAGUUCUCUGUCUAUGUACAUAACUGAUGGGGUCCUCCACAGUGGGCAACCAUGCGGACAUUAGGUGAAAAAACGAAAAUGGACUGCGAAGGAGUCGUGGACGGCAAAUUUAAAUAGUAGAACAUAUACUUGGGCAAACGCUCUAUCUUUUUGCACUUGGAAGUUUUUUCUAGGUGUCAUAAUUAGCGAGAAAUGAGUGAAUCAAAUUUUUUCAAAACAGAGCGAUAAAGAUACAAAACUUUUUGUUGAAACAAAGUACGACGUUUGCAAAUUUUAUACAGUGCAAACCUAGACUUUCCACUCUAUCUACUCCUGAAAAAAAAAUUUUCUGGGACGCUUUAUAACCGAGAAAAAAAAUUUCUUUCUCUGCUAAGUGUUUUCCGAAGAGCAUACCUCAGUAUAGUAAGGUUCCACAAUUUUCACUGCUUCAAAUUUAACGAACUUUUUACAGAAGAUACAUCCACUGACGAUAUAUAGAUGCUGUUAGCGCAAACUAGCGCAAAUGCACUUGGGCUGAGUUAUAGGCUUUCCAGGUAAAAUCGGAUUAUUUCCUUUUGGAAAUACAUUUAUGCAACAAUAAUAUCAUAUUCGAAAUUAGUGUGAAAAACUGCAUCGAAUGAUAUAUAAUUUACAGCAGUUUAUUGGGAAAAAAUUGUAAGUUAUCGUGGAAGGCUAAAUUUAAGGCAGCACCGUGGUUUUUGAGGCCGAUGGUUUUUAUAUCGUUAGAAAACCGAUCUGGACGCCUGAAAAAUAAUUGUUUUAUAGGUUUCCGAGUACGGCUGGUUCAAUGGACUUAUUUAAAAAAUUCUAAACUGGUUUUGCAAAGGUUUUCUCGAAGCUCUGGAAAACCCUUAAAACAUGAAUUUUGAGCUUUUUAAGUGACUCCAUUAGGAAGAGCACACUUGACAACCUACAAAAACAUAUCUGAGAGAUCUUUCCAGCGCUUUAAAAUCCAAUACCCACAUGCCUAGCUAAAAUUGCCCACUGUGCCCUGUGCGCAUAUUCCAAUACAAGUAUGCUUUUAAAAUAUAUACUCUUUUGAAAAUAAAUUUUCACAAGAGUGAAAUAUCUGAUUGCCUAAUUAUAUCACAGGGCACGUCACAGUAUGGUUUUAUAAAGAAAACUUUUCCAGGGGCAGAUUUUCCAAGGGGGAAAAGGCGAUUUCAGGAGCUUUUCGGAGCCUUUGAAAUCCUUUUCGAAGCUUAAAAUGCUUAGUAUCUGAUGCAGAGCUAUACUCUCCGAUGCUUUCCGAUGGUGGGAGAUGUUCUCCAAUGCUAAGAAAGAAAAAAGUCGUAUUUUCCCCCUUGAGAUUUUUACUAAAAAGCUUUGGUCUAACUAACAUGUCAUCCAUUUCUAUACAGAUAUAUCAGACCGCACUUUGACUCCUACUAUUUAAUCAUUGUAAGAAUAAAAAUAUGUGAUAUUUUAGUGUUUUGAUCAACUAUCACAACAGUCUAUUGGAUAUUAUCGAACAAGAAUAUAGUAGCGAGAGUGUUGUAUUAAAAAAUUUGGUGAAUGAUAUAACACAUAAGCAAGUGUCGAUCAUACAGAUAGCUGGUGACAGUACUGGUGUUAUAUCAUUAAGUGAUCAAGAUUGUAAAUGGAUAGAACAAAUUGCUCAAGCCAGUUUAUUAUCGAAUGAUGAAUAUUUUCAAAAAAGUAAUUCACCGUUAAAUUUUGAUUUUAUUUAUGUACAAUCAUACAUUCUACGAAAUUAUUUAUUAUUAUCACACAUUAACUAUCAUCACAUUCAUGCAAAAUAUCAAUGUCGCAUACGACAACAGACGAAUAUAACAACUUCAUCACUACUUGUGGGGGAAAAUUUUAAUCUACCAAUGGAUGAAAACGAUUGGAUUUAUUUGAAUGAUAUGACAGCCGAUAAACUGUAUAAUAGUCUAUCAACAAUAAGACGAUUAUCAUUGAUUCUCAAAGAUCAAUUAAAUCAGAAUCAUAAUGAUAUUGAUUUAUCAAAAACUGAUUUGAAUGAGUUUGUUCAACGAUACACAUCAUUGGAAGAACAAGAACAAUUUGAAGAAUGUCAAAUUAAAAAUUUUCAAUUAUGUCAUAUUGACUUCGUCCACGAGUUGUAUAUAAAAGCUCUUCAUGGUUAUGAACAUUUAUUUGUUUAUUUGCCACCGUUGUUACGUGUUCCGCUGCCGACUGAAAUACAACAUUCAUUGUCAGAUAUAUUGGAUACUGCUGAAUAUGAAACAAUACAUAAAGUGAAAUCGACCAUACAAACAAUAACAGAGUUAUUAAAUGAUUUGAAAAACAUCGAACCAGCACUGUUUCAGCAAUCAACAAGACCUUUGACUGAAGUGUGUCAACAUAUGGGAAUUGAAUCGCCAAUAUUAACACUGUUAUUUAAUGAAAUUAAAUGUGAGAAUUAUUUGUAUGUUAUUAUAUCUAUUAUAAAGCAUCGAUCGAAGUUACAACAACUAACAAUUGAUUUUGAAGAAAAAUAA